GGUGGAGCAAAAAGAAAAGCGCCCAUUGGAUGUAAAGCAAAAACAAAUUAGAAGUGAGAUUUUACAUUGAAUGAGUCAGAUUAACAGCUGUCAUCUCAAUUUUAUUGCAUGUUCAGUAAAGUUAAAUCUCCAGAGACCUGGAACUUCGACUCUGUGAGCUUUUUUGAGACCAGAACUGAAGAGACUGUCAGCGAAUUUUGCCCGACAAUGGAAAUUCCAAUAUUUACUGUUGAUGCUUUUACUAAUGUACCUUUCAAAGGCAAUCCUGCUGCAGUAUGUCUUAUUGAGAAUGAGCUGCAAGAUGAUAUUUAUCAAAACAUUGCUGCUGAGAUGAAUUUAUCAGACACUGCUUUCAUCAUAAAACGGAAGUCUAUGGAUUUUACCUCAGGUGCAAGGUUUGGGUUACGCUGGUUUACGCCCAAAAGUGAGUAUCCACUAUGUGGACAUGCAACCCUGGCCUCAGCAGCAGUUCUCUUUGACCUUAAAAAGAAUGUCAACCCUGUUGUGGUGUUUGAGACUAUGAGCGGAGAGCUUAAUGUGCGCCAGCAUGAAGAAUAUCUAAUAAUGGACUUCCCCUUAAACAAACCAAAGCCCCAGGACCAACAUGAAAUCAAGGAACUUUUGAAGGCUGCUGUUGGAGACUUACCCAUUCAGGAUGUGUGCUACAGUCCAGCCAUUAAAAAUCUAAUGAUUCGUCUAGCUGACACAUGCAACAGGUCUGAUCUUAUGUCUUUGAGGCCAGAGGCAGAGACUCUUGUGAGAAAUGAGACCACUGGUAAGAUUAAAAGUCUCAUCGUUACUUUGAAAGGAACACAGACCACUCAGUCUGGAUAUGACUUCUACUCCCGUGUCUUCUCACCCUGGGUUGGUGUCCCUGAAGAUCCGGUCACUGGGUCUGCGCAUACAGUCCUUGCUGCCUAUUGGUCGGAGAAGCUGGAGAAAAAGAAAAUGAUGGCUUACCAGUGUUCCACUCGUGGUGGUGAAUUGAAGCUGGAGAUGAGAGACGACGGUCGACUGGACAUCAUUGGUCAGGCCCGGAUCAUUCUUCAGGGAACUCUUAGAAUCUAGACAAUUUUGCACAACCGAUUCAUUGAAUUUGCAGAUAGUUUUGAUUGAAAUCAAGUGCAUUUAAUUUCCACUUUAUAUUAAUGUGAUGUGCACUCUAAGCUAUGUGCCAUUUAAUAACAUUUAUACAGUUCGUUCUGGUUUCUUGAUUCUGAUUGGCUGAGAGCCUUUUUUAGCUCAGAUCCACUGAUUGCCUAUGGCCGAAUCACAGCCGUGCUGAUAUACAGCCAUAAUGCACGGCUACGAGUGUGAUAUUGUGUUUAUACAACAGUUCAACUGCACAAGUGUGUAAAUAAAUAAGAAACAACAAUGGUG